GCGUCUUACGCUCUUGACAUCAUGAGGUGCAGCUCGCCUCCCCAUUGGCCAGACCCCGAACUCAAGCGAGCGCCCCGGGAGACCGCGGGCAUCCCCUGGCAACGGCCGGCGUGUGGGGGCGGGAUGUGUGCACGGGUGACAAUGGCUGAGCUGAACGAGGAGAGAGGGAAGGGUUCUGUUUGGAAAAGGAAUUAAGUCCUGACGAGAGACACCUUAGCCCCACUUCCGGCCCAGCCCUCCAGGUUCACACCUCAGACUGGGUGUUAAGGAGAGAGGAGGGGCUAGAAGAUUGGACCAGCCUGCCCGAGGGACUAAGGAAUGGAAUGGGAUACCUGUAGCCAGGCCCAGACUCCAGCGCCAUGAGUCAAGAGUCCAAAGUGAAUACCAAAGAGUCAUCUCCUCAGGCAUCUUCCAAACCCAGGAAGUCAGUGCCUGUCCUGGAUCCAUCAGGGGACCAGUAUUAUUGGUGGCUCAAUACCAUGGUGUUCCCAAUCAUGUAUAACCUCAUUAUCCUUGUUUGCAGAGCCUGCUUCCCAGAUCUGCAGCAUGGCUACUUGUUGGCCUGGCUGAUCCUGGAUUAUAUAAGUGACCUGCUCUACUUAGUGGACAUUAUCGUGCACUUCCACACUGGGUUCCUGGAUCAGGGCAUCUUGGUACUGGACAAGGGCCAGAUCUCACAGCGCUAUGUGCGGACAUCAGGUUUCUUGUUGGAUAUAUUGUCCCUGGCACCCACAGACUUGGCAUACUUGAGCUUGGGCCCACAUACACCUACACUGAGGCUCAAUCGGUUUCUUCGAGUUCCACGCCUUUUUGAGGCCUUUGACCGAACAGAGACACGUACAGCAUAUCCCAAUGCUUUCCGAAUUGCCAAACUUAUGCUCUAUAUCUUUGUUGUCAUCCACUGGAAUAGCUGUCUAUAUUUUGCAUUGUCACGAUACCUAGGCUUUGGGCGUGAUGUCUGGGUAUACCCUGACCCAGCACAGCCAGGCUUUGAACGCCUUCGUCGCCAGUACCUCUACAGUUUCUACUUUUCUACACUCAUCCUCACCACUGUAGGUGACAUACCACUGCCAGCCCGUGAGGAGGAGUAUCUUUUUAUGGUGGGUGACUUCUUGCUGGCUGUCAUGGGCUUUGCCACCAUAAUGGGUAGCAUGAGCUCAGUCAUCUACAAUAUGAACACAGCUGAUGCAGCCUUCUACCCUGACCACGCACUUGUCAAGAAAUACAUGAAGCUGCAUCAUGUCAACCGUCGACUGGAGCGUCGAGUCAUUGACUGGUACCAACACCUACAGAUUAACAAGAAAAUGACAAAUGAGGUGGCAAUUCUGCAGCACCUGCCUGAGCGCCUGCGGGCUGAGGUUGCAGUAUCUGUGCAUCUGCCCACCCUAAGCCGUGUGCAGAUCUUCCAGAACUGUGAGGCCAGCCUCCUGGAGGAGCUCGUACUAAAGCUGCAGCCCCAGACCUAUUCACCAGGAGAAUACGUAUGCCGUAAGGGCGAUAUUGGCCGUGAAAUGUACAUCAUCCGGGAAGGCCAGUUGGCUGUGGUGGCUGAUGAUGGUGUUACCCAAUAUGCAGUGCUGGGUGCUGGGCUUUACUUUGGGGAGAUUAGCAUCAUAAAUAUCAAAGGAAAUAUGUCUGGUAACCGUAGAACUGCAAACAUCAAGAGUCUGGGCUACUCAGACCUGUUCUGCCUGAGUAAGGAAGACCUCCGAGAGGUGCUGAGCGAGUACCCACAAGCCCAGGCUGUCAUGGAGGAGAAGGGCCGAGAAAUCCUACUCAAGAUGAACAAGCUGGAUGUGAAUGCGGAGGCAGCUGAGAUAGCACUGCAGGAGGCUGUGGACAGCCGCCUGCGCGGUCUUGAUCAGCAGCUAGAUGAUCUGCAGACCAAGUUUGCCCGCCUCCUUGCUGAACUGGAGUCCAGUGCCCUCAAGAUAGCCUAUCGCAUUGAGCGACUAGAGUGGCAGACCCGUGAGUGGCCAGCUCCUGAGGAGGCUGGGGCAGGGGCUGAAGAUGAGGGGGAUGUUGGAGAGGGAGAGGCCUCUUAAGCUCAAGAUGUCUCUCUCUCUCUCUCUCUCUCUCUCUCUCUCUCUCUCUCUCUCUCUCUCUCUCUCUCUCUCUCUCACACACACACACACACACACACACACACAUUCCCCCUUGACUUCAGCUUUAGGAUGACCCCCUGUGACCCUCACCUUUGGAUAACACAAAUCUCUGAGGAGCCCCAGAGAUAUAGGAAACUAUAUAAAUACCUUCCACGUCCCAACAACCCGACUACACAAGCAGUAAGAGUGGGAACCUAGUUACUCCCCUUUGCCCCAAAAGAAGAGAGAGAUGAAAAAAAAUACAUGCUUAACCAUUCUAUGCACUUCCACAAACUUAGUUUCCAGGACACACUCAUUAGCACACAGUGAGCCUCUGACAAUUCUGAUAGAAGCACAGGUAUAUGCUAACCCGUGGAUACACACUAAAGUUCUCACAUACAUUCAUGCCAGUCUUCUCAGUCUCUUUGCAGAAAUAAUGAGAGAUCUCUUGCAGAGAUAAUCACGGGGACCAAUUUUUUGUACAGUGCACAUGAACACAUGUGCACAGUCACAUUACAUAAGCAUACACUAUUUUUUUCCCAAAUAGCAAUGUAUUUACAGCAGAAUAGCAAAAUAAAUGACAAGGGAAAGAUAAGUAGCAAUUCAUUCUUGGCCUCCCCAUACAUGAAGAUAUGUAGUCCUCCACAAAUAGGUUUCUGCCGAUACAAAAGGAGAAAACACUUCCAUGAAAAAGCCAUGUUUACCCUUCUAAGUCUCAUGCAUAUGUUUCUCUCAGUCAGACAAUCCCAGCAUCACUUAAUCUGAGAUCUCAUCACUAAGCUUGCCUUCUAGGAAACUCUGGACUCCCGUAAAGGUAAACAGAAAUGGAAUUGAAUGCAUAAUGGCUAUGUUGCAUCCCAAUAAAGUAUUUGA